AUGAAGACGGUCUUCCUCGCGGCAGUCCUCGCGGCGCCGAUGAUCGCGGCCAAGAGCAUGGAGGCCGACCGAUCCAGCGUGUACGCCUACGGCGACGACAACACGAAGAGCGGGAUCCGCGGCUUCGCUGACGACGACGACGCCUACGCCACGGAAGGCUACGUGUACGGCUACACACAAGGCUAUGUGCACGAGCACGACAAGCACCUGGCACCAGGCCCGCGCGGCCACAAGGGCAAGCCUGGCAAGAGCGGCAAGAAGGGCGACCGUGGCCAGCGCGGGCCCCAAGGAGCCAAGGGCGACAAGGGCGACCGUGGCUAUACGGGCCCGAAGGGCAACAAAGGCGACCGCGGAAAAGACGGCAAGCGCGGCGACGAAGGCCCGAAGGGCAACCAGGGCCCGCAAGGCAACCAGGGUCCCGCCGGUCCUAAGGGUGAUGCCGGCGAUCACGGUCAAUAUUACAGCAACGGCAACCUCGUCAACACGCUCGGUGACACGCUCGGUGACACGGUUGGCACGCUCGGUGACACGGUCGACACGGUAGUUGACACGGUCGUUGACACGGUUGACACGGUCCUCGACACAGUCGGUGGCACGAUCACCACAGUCGGUGGCACGGUCAACACGGUCGGUGGCAUUGUAAAUACGGUCGGCUACAAGGUCGGUGGCACUGUCGGCACGAUUGGUGGCACUGUCGGCACGAUUGGUGGCAUUGUCGACACGGUCGGUGGCACUGUCGGCACAGUUGUUGACACGGUCGGUGGCACUGUCGGCACAGUCGUUGACACGGUUGGUGGCACGGUCGGUGGCACGGUCGGCGGCACUGUCGACACGGUCGUCGACACGGUCGGUGGCACUGUCGGCACGAUCAGUGGCACGAUUGGUGGCCUUUUCGGGACUAGCACACUGCUCGGAGUCAACGGUGGUCAUCUCCUCCUUGAGAACGAGUCGGAAGGCUAUGGCCGCGGUAACCGUCGUGACGACGCCUCUGACGAAGGCACAAAUGGCGUAAUCCGAAACUUCGUCGACGACGACGACGCCUACGCCACGGAAGGCCUUCUCCACGGUUAUGUCCAGGGCUAUGUGCACGAGCACGACAAGCAUCGCGCACCAGGCCCGCGCGGAAAGAAGGGCGAGCAAGGCAAGAAGGGCAAGAAGGGCGACCGUGGCCAGCGCGGACCCCAAGGAGUCAAGGGCGACAAGGGUGACCAUGGCUACAAGGGCCCGAAGGGCGACAAAGGCAACAGCGGAAAAGACGGCAAGCGCGGCGACAAAGGCCCAACGGGCAACCAGGGCCCGGAAGGCGAGCAGGGUCCCGCCGGCCCUAAGGGCGAUGCUGGCGGUCACCUCGGAGGUCAUUACUACAGCAACGGCAACCUUGUCGACACAGUUGUUGACACGGUCGGUGGCACGGUCGGUGGCACUGUCGGCACGAUUGGUGGCACUGUCGGCACAGUCGUUGACACGGUCGGUGGCACGGUCGGCACAGUCGUCGACACGGUCGGUGGCACGGUCGGCACAGUCGUCGACACGGUCGGUGGCACGGUCGGCGGCACUGUUGACACGGUCGUCGACACGGUCGGUGGCACUGUGGGUACAGUCGUUGACACGGUCGGUGGCACGGUCGGCGGCACUGUUGACACGGUCGUUGACACGGUCGGUGGCACGGUCGGCGGCACUGUUGACACGGUCGUUGACACGGUCGGUGGCACGGUCGACGCGAUCAGUGGCACGAUUGGUGGCCUUUUCAAGAUGAGCACACUGCUGGGUGUCAACGGUGGUCAUCUCUUUCUCGAGAACGAGUCGGAAGGAUAUGGCCGCGGUAACCGUCGUGACGACGCCUCUGACGAAGGCACAAAUGGCGUAAUCCGCAACGUUGUCGACGACGCCUACGUCACGGAAGGCAAUGUCCAUGGUUACGUUCAAGGCUAUGUGCACGAGCACGACAAGCACCUCACCCCAGGCCCGCGCGGCAAGAAGGGCAAACCUGGCAAGAACGGCAAGAAGGGCGACCGUGGCCAGCGCGGACCCCAAGGAGCCAAGGGCGACAAGGGUGGUCGUGGCGUCAAGGGCCCGAAGGGCGACAAGGGUGACGACGGAAAAGACGGCAAGCGCGGCGCCGAAGGCCCGAAGGGCAACCAGGGCCCGAAAGGCAACCAGGGUGCCGCCGGUCCCAAGGGCGAGGCUGGCGAACCGAAAUACGCCAGCCAAUACGACGAACCCGUGGGUGGCUACGGCGACCAAUAUGAAGACGACAUUGACGACUACGAGGUCGACACGUACGACAACGAGGACGACACGUACGGCGACGAGGCUGAGACUUACGACGACGAGGCCGACACGUACGACAACGACGACGACGUCGAAGCGGAUUCCGGCGAUGAUUACUAUGGCCGCCUCUUCUUGGAGUCGGCCAAGGGCGCGCCGCCGAAGCGCAACCCGCAAGGCUACAAGCCGCGCGUCCGCGCCACGCCGGCGCCGCCGUUGGCCAAAGGCGAGAAGGAGUUCAACCAGUUCUGGAGCGCGGCCAAGUUCUGCGACGCGGAGCUCGCGCUGACCGAGUGCCUCAUCCAGUGCAACGCGAUCACGGACUUUGCGACGUCGAGCCGCGUCGCCAAGUGCAUCCAGCGGUUCUCCAACACGCUGUGCCCGACGCUGCCGGCCGACGGCUGCAGCACCGGUCGCGUCACGCUCUCGCCGCAAAGCUGCUCGAGCGAUGCGCUUGUCGCGGCCAUGUACACGAUCGGCGAGAUCCAAAAGACGGUGAUCGGCGACGAGGCGGCGCCGGUCGACCUCUACAAGGCCGACAACCCGGACUCGUUCUCGGCCAUCAAGCUCGCGGUCACGAUGCAGGCGCUCGUCAACUACGGCAACUGCGUCGGCGGCUCGCUCUUGAACUACGCCGACACGUGCAACGCCAAGAAGUUCUUCAAGAGCAACACCAACGCGUGCGUCAACGACAUUCUCGCGACGUGCAACGGCAAGGCCACGAACGAAGCGACGACGCACGACCCGGUCCGGCUCGGUGACAUCCUCACGUCGCCCCAGCUGGUGCUCACGUCGCCCCAGCCGGUGCUGACUGAUGUCUCCAGCAUCCUCUUGAGCCAAGGCAACGACGAACGCGCGGCAGCUUACAACUACGUCCGCGAGCACCACACGGAAGACGCCAAGGAAGUCGAGAAGCUCGGCGCGCUCAUUCAAAGCGCCGGCGCGGUCGAGUACCGCAAGGUCGACGUGACGAUCACCGAGCACAAGACGAGCGAGAACGAAGCCGGCAUCACCGUGUGCCCCAACAGCUACACGCCGCUCAACUACCGCCUUCCGUUCGCCAAGGCGUUCACGCCGGCCAUGUUCAGCACCGCCGGCGGCAUCCCGGCCUCGUUCGUGCCGUACGACGUGCCCGGCUUCCCGCUCACCGACGUCGCCUUUCACUUUCCCGCGCAGUCGUACGACGCCACGACGUCGUCGUGGAAGCCGGCGGUGUACGAGAAAGGCUCGGCUAACCAGUUUCCCGAAGGCACGCCGCUCGACCCGCUCACGCCCAAGGGCGGCAUCCGCGACACGUGCGAGAAGUUCCACUUCCUCUCGAUGCUCGCGUGGUUUGCGGGCGAAGACACGGGCGACUACUGCUUUACGAUCGACGGCUACACGGCCGAGUUUGUCGAGUCGGGCGAAGUGCACCCGCUGAGCUGGGACGAGGUUCAAGUCGCCAACAUCUGCCCGGACACUCAGGUCCUGACCACUCGCCAGACCGCAAUCACUGCGAGCGUCACCGUGCUCAACGCAGCGGCGCCGGAGCUUAUCAACGGACUCUCGACCACGCUGGCGCUCGACCAAGCCGCGCUCCUCGGCGCGGCGGUUGCGACCCCUGGCUGCGCCUCGUGCUACAACGUCAAGUGGCGCGACCCGGCCUACUGCCCGCGCCACAUCGCUCGCUUCGGCAUGCAAUUGCGCUGCUGCAAGUCGUUUGCCAACACGAUGGACGCCCGGAUUGCCAAGACGCCGACCAAGAAGCGCGUGCCGUGCGGGUCGUACUCGGCCGAGUGGGACGGUGUCUGCACGGCCGAGGACGACCUCGAGUUCACGCACACAGUGUACUCCAAGGUCGGCAAGGGCGAGCUCCAGCCGACGACGUCGGCCUACUACACCAACGCGGACGGCGUCUUCAACAAGGCGAUCCACCUCUUUGCGAUUUUCCAAGGCGCGCUCCGAGAACCUCUCGUGCUCGCGUUCUUCAACUGGAACAACGACUGCAGCGUCAAGGCGACGCUGACGCUCGACCGACCGGUGCGCACCGCGUACGUCAAGAAGACUGUCGCGGACGACAAGGCGAUUUGCGCCGACAAGCCCGAGCACACGUACAUCACCGGCAACGCGUGGUGCGACGCGGCCAACUCGCUGCUCCAGACGACCGUCGACUGGACGACGCUCCUCGGCCUCGAGCCCGAGGACGGCAAGUGCUACGCGCCCACGUGCCUCCUCUCGCGCUACGUGACGUGCUCGGAAGCCCCGGAGCCGGAGCCCAAGAAGAAGGGGUACUAUGUGCCCCACGCCCGCGAGUACAACGCGCCAACGAGCUACGACCGCAGCCUCUUGGCCGUGCCGUCGGCCGCGUCCGUGUACACGCUCAGCGCCAUGGGCUUCAUGGCGGGCAUCGCCGCCGUCGUCGUUGGCCAAGUCGUCCUCGUCACGCGCCAUGACGAGAGCGCCGGAUCGCCGUACCACCAGCAGAUCUUGUAA